GCGCAUUUUCCAGGCCCGAGGAGAAUUUCCCUCACAGCCGACGAGGCUGUGUUCUCCCUGCGUUCCCAAGAAUCGUCGCGUAGCUUCGUCGAGCGAACGAGAGCCAACGAACUUCUCCUCUACGACUAAGUACAUCUCUUUUCGCAAUUCUUUACUCGCUUAAUUUUUCCUCGCAAGGAUGUACAAAAUCGUGAAAAAAGGCGAUGCCAGUCUACAAUACACGAUCCUACCACAAAGUGAUCAAUUCACUUCGAAUGGAUUACCACAUACAACAACGAUGAUUAACGCGAACAGAAAAUCUCGAUCGAGAAUCAUCAAGUGUACGAUAUGUAUGCUUUUGCUGGUCGUAUUGUCGUGCGUUGCGACGCCAUUCUUGAUCAAUCAGAACGAUCAUAAUCUCUUUGCCGGUACGAUACUGGUUAUGGGUAGGGUCGGCUACGAAACAACAACAACGACGACGACGGCGACGACGGCAACGGCAACUGCGACGGCGAUGAUGACGAUGACGACGACGACGACGAGUAGCUCGUCGAUGACCAGUAGCACGUCAACGACCACCGAAAACGCGUUAAAAAGUGAUAAGGUCAGCGAAGAAGAAGAGGAAGAAGAAGAAGAAGAAGAAGAGGAAGAAAUAAUCGAAAAGAAUAGAUACCAAGUUCCAAUCACGACGACGAGGCCAAGGACAACGACCAUGAUGACAACGUCGACUAGUGCUUCUUUAAAAAAUAAAGAUUUUAACGAUCAAACGAUGUCGAUCGAUUCAUUCAGGAAUGACGAUUUUGAAUCUGCCGAUACUAUAUCUCCAGAAGAUACUGUUAUGGAGGAAGCAAAAAUUCCGACUGAUUCGUCGAUAAAUACACGACAAACGAGUUCUUAUUCGAGUUCUCAAUCUUCCUCAUCCUCGACUUCAUCCUCGGAAUCCUCAAAGUCCUUGUUAAGUAGCAUCGAACCUUCAGAAAUGACGAAAACAUCGUCUGGUAUGGCUAGGAUGGGAAAGAUGCCACGAGUGACCCUGAAGUUACGAGAGAACGAAACGAUACCACAAAUGUAUAUGAAAGCUGGUAUAGCCUCCUAUAAAAAAGGAAAUAUUACAACGAGCGUUCUCGCACAUGGACUAAGUCUAGAAGGUUUGAUCUUUAAAACACCAGAAGGAACGAUCAAGCCAUGGACACAAAAAUGGUUCUUUUCUGAUCCUUCUUCAGAUUUUCAAUGGAAGGGUUCAAAUCAGAUACCAGUGUCGAUGUACGUCCUUCUAGCAGGAUUGGCAGGAUUAGCGAGUCUAAGCAUCGUCUUAAUGAUUUACGUCCAACGAAAGGUGUUUCGACGGCAACGGCACGACAUUGAGGAACCAAAGAUGGAAGUACAGGAAGAAGACAAAUCAACGUUAUUGGGCACUGAUAAUCACGAGAUCGAAGAUAAGGAAUAAUUAAGAAAUGAUCAGGAAAAACUACGUUGAUCGUUGACCUCGCGACUGAACUUUCGACUAAUUUUUUUAAAGAACGCAUUUCUUUAAAAAGACGCACACAUGACGACGAUGACGAUUUUAGAAAGAACGAAAGAGAGAGAGAGAGAGAGAGAGAGAGAGAGAGAGAGAGAGAGAGAGGAAGAGUAUAGAUUUUCUAAUAACUAUGUCUACCGCGUUUAGGAUAAUAACAGGACGAAAAUGAGAUUUGAAUCCUUUCAAUCUCUUCACUACGACGAUCUUAUUGAGACUGGAUAAAUAGUUAUCGAUCUUUUUCCGAUAUAUUAGUUUAGUUAUUCGUUUCGUUGGAUCUUUCCACGAAGAGGACUCAUUUUCUUAUAACUAUAUUAUAAUGUUUUUCUAUAUUUUAUAAAUAAUAACGAUUUCAAUUUCCAAGAGGAGGAAAGAAACGUACAUGUAUAUGUAUAUGUACGUAUGAUGUAUGUAAUGUACGUAGCGGAUAGAGCAUACGAUUCCGUACAAAAAAUAAUGUUCGAUGUGUUUUCGAGAAUAAAAUGAGGUAAUGAGGAAGACACGAUGAUUAGAGUAAAAAAAAAAAAAAAAAAAGAAAAAAAAGAAAAAAGAAAGAAAAAAUAGUGAGGGGUAGGAGGGAAAGGGAAAAAAAAUAAGGAAUAUAAAAAGAGAGAUUCAAUGAUGUCAUAAGUAACGCAAUAGAGCAGUAGCAGAAGAAAAAGACGGUUAUAGUUUCUAUUUUGAAGAUUAUAUUUUUUUAACUUCAUUCAUUUCGAUUUCCAGAUACGCGCACGGACUUAUAUCUAUGUCGAUUAGGUGCGCUAUGUGUAUAUGUGUGUGUAUAUGUAUGUAUGUAUGUAUGUAUGUAUGUAUGUAUGUAUGUAUGUAUGUAUGUAUGUAUGAUGUGUAUAACAUAUGUGAGAAUGUGUUUGUGCUUCGAGUGUGUGUAUUUAUUGCGUGUACGCGUGGGUGUGUUCAAUGACGCCCAUCUUUUCGUAUCUUGUAGCAGAUGGAUCGUAAAAUAAUUUUUUUCUUUGCCUCCUACGAAUCUUUCGCGAGAUUUUUUACGCGUUUUAUAAUCGAUGAACGAAUGAACGAACGAACGAAAGAACGAACAAAGACAUGGGAUACAUGUAGUACGAAUACACACAUACACACGCUCGGAAGCAUACGCGUACGCGCAUGCAUACAUAUAUACACAUAAACGUAUACGCGGACAUAUGUAUAUCAAUACUCCUAUGAAUUUUACGCGAAAUGCUUCGCAAGGGGCACAUGAAAUAUUUGUAUUACGAUCGUCGAUUUUGAAUACGAAAAGUCGGCCAUCGUUUACUAAACUCGUCACUUCGUAUAUGUAUGUAUAACAAAUAGGGUGCUUCGUACAUCUACUCGAUCGUUAAAAAAAUAAAUAUAUAAAUAAAUAAAUAAAUAAAUAAAUAA